AGGUUUUUUGCGGUGUUUCUCGGAGCGUUGUCUGUUCGACGUAGAUUUCCGUGCUUGGAAUUCAGCGCGUUCGCCUGCCCGUAAGCUUGCCCCAACAAGAUGACUUAAGAAGACGGCGAUCUUACCAAAAACGGGACCAGGGGAAGUUUCUCUUUCCUCAAAACAAAGGUCCUGCCGGUCGUUACAGCAGCAGCGUCGCACCUGCAUCGAGCCUCAAGAUGGGCGACGUCGAGAUUGAGGACUUUGAGAUCACCGACUGGGACAUUGCCAAUGAGUUCAACAUCAACCGGGUGCGGAGGCGGCCCACCAAAAACCAGCAGAUUUACGGUGUGUGGGCAGACGACAGCGACGAUGAAGGACGGCCCAGCUUCCAGUCGACAAGGAAGGCCAAGGACUUCACUGCUCCGAUCAGCUUCAUCAGCGGAGGAGUCCGCGUGGUCGGAAAGAAAGGGGAGGAGAAGGAGGAGGAAGAGGGCGAGGAGCGGGGUUCGUCGAGCGAGGAAGAGGUCCGCAUCCCGGUCAAGUCGGCCAAGAAAUCCGGGUUCUCCGGCAGGGGGGGUGCCGGAGGGGUGGCCCACGGCCUUCUAGGCACCCAGGGGGACUUCGGCACCUGGGAGAAACACACGAAGGGUAUUGGAGCUAAGUUACUUCUUCAGAUGGGCUACCAGCCGGGCAAGGGCCUGGGGCGGGACCUGCAGGGCAUCUCGGCCCCCAUCGAAGCUAAGCUGCGCAAGGGCAAGGGCGCCAUUGGUCUCUACGGGCCCGAACGGGCAGGGCCCAAGCUCGUCGGAGCGGAAGACAGUGCGUCAGCGAGCAUAGGUGCUGCGGCGCGCCAGGCAGCCGACCUCAACCAGUGGCGCAAGCGGAAGGAGGGGGAGAAGAAGGUGACGUAUGUGUACAAGACGGUGGAUGAGGUCAAGUCUGAGGGCGUGUACCGCAAGGGGCCAGGCCUACAGAGCAAGCUGUGCAAGGUCAAGGUCAUCGACAUGACGGGCCCCGAGCAGAGAGUGCUCUCAGGCUACCACGAGCUGCACCAGCAACACUCCCGCCCGGACGACCGGGAGGAAGCACCGAAGCAGCAGGCACGGAUCGGCUCAGGCUUCUCGGUGCCGGAGCUGACCAACAACCUGGAGCUGCUGGUGGACCUGACGGAGCGGCGCAUUGUGCACAACGACCGGGAGACGCGGCACGAGGAGGACCGCUCCGUCAACCUUCGCCACGAGGUGGAGCGGUUGGACGACCUCGUGGCGCAGGAGCGGGAGCAGGAGCAGCGCCUGCAGAAGGUCGCCGACAUCGUCAAGGGGUUGGAGGAGCGCAGUAAGGAAGACCACGAAGACCGGCUGACCCUGUCCGAGUGCGCGGCCAUGUUCCAGACGCUGCAGGACGAGUUCUACGAGGAGUACAAGAUGUUCGGGCUCUCGGACCUGGCGCUCACCAUCGUCGUUCCCAUGAUGAAACAGUUGCUGGACAAGUGGCAGCCGCUGAAGAAGCCGCAGUACCACUGCGCGGCAUUCCGCACCUGGAAGGAGCUGCUGGAGACGAGCCAUUCGUACCAGCAGCAGCAGUCCGACCAGGAUCCCUACCACCACCUGGUGUGGGAGACAUGGAUGCCCAUCGUGCGGCAAGCCGUCCUGGGUUGGAGCGUGCGUUCGUGCGAGCCCCUGAUCGAGCUGCUGGAGCACUGGCUGCCCCUACUGCCCGGCUGGGUGCUGGACAACCUGCUGGACCAGUUUGUGCUGCCCAAGUUGCAGACGGAGGUGGAGGCCUGGAACCCCUUGACCGACACUGUGCCCAUCCACUCCUGGCUCCACCCCUGGCUGCCGCUCAUGGGCGCCCGGUUGGAGCCCCUGUACCCACCGAUCCGGCUGAAGCUGGCCAAUGCGCUGACCAACUGGCACCCGAGCGACGGGUCUGCCAAGCUGAUCCUGGAGCCCUGGAGGGGGGUCUUCUCUCAAGGGACCCUGGAGGCCUUCGUGGUGGCCAACAUCCUGCCCAAGCUGGCCCUCGCCCUGCAGGCCAUGCCCAUCAACCCCCACCAGCAGCACCUGGAUGCGACACCACACGGAUACACAGGAAGCUACCAACACAAGGAUAGGUUGUGCCUCGACGUGUGGCAGUGGGUGAUGUCCUGGGAGGACUUGUGCCCUCCGUCGAGCAUGGCCACUCUCCUGGAGAAGACCUUCUUCCCCCAGUGGCUGCAGGUGUUGUGCACCUGGCUCCAGCACAGCCCAAACUACCAGGAGGUGUCCAAAUGGUACUCGGGCUGGAAGUCCCUCUUCUCCGAGGACCUGCUCCAGCAGCCCGCGGUCAGGGAACAGUUCAAGGCUGCCCUGGACAUGAUGAACCGGGCAGUGUCCGGGGUGCCGUUGACGGCCGUACCGCCCGGGGCGCCGCCGCCGGGGCUGCUGGGAUACCGGCCGGCGCUCCUUCAUCCCCCACCGCCCCCGGGUCCAGAACAGGGUUCCGUCCGGCACGACUACAGCGCGGCGGUACGUAGUGCCAGUUCGGCGGCCAACGUCCAGAUGACCUUCAAGGAACUCAUCGAGCAAAGGGCGCAGGAGAAGAAUGUGCUGUUCAUGCCGAUAGCGCACCGCUUCCAAGAGGCCAAGCAGGUCUACCGACUGGGCCACGUGAUGCUCUACCUGGACCGCAGUGUCAUCUUCGUCUUCAACGGCAAGACCUGGGUGCCCACCUCCCUGCAGUCGCUCAUGGACAUGGCCGCGUGAGCGCCGCCGCGCGGACGACUUUGGCGGCGGCCUAAUCGUGCCGCGGCUAGCCGGAGCUGCCAGACGAUUGUGUACUGCGCUGGCGGAUUCAUUGUCGGAUUCGUGGACCGAUUCUUUAAAGAUUUAAACGGGGCUGAAAAGUGAAGGCAUCACGGGACAAGGUGUUCACACUGAGGUCUUUACGCCAAAAAACGCAGGAACGAAACGCGGGACAACGCAUCCUGUCCCAUGUGGCCUCUCACUUUUUGUCCCCGCAAUAUUUUGGCGUAAAACUUCAGUGUGAAUCGGAACAAACUACACCGGCUUAUCUUUAUUCGUUGCUGCAUUUACUGGUAGAUUUGUGCAAGUUUUGUUGUGGAUUCAUCGAGAUUUUUUCGUGGAUCCGUUCGUGGAUUGGCCGACGGAUUUGUUUGCAAAUUCGACGGCGGAUCGGUUGGUAGACCCUCUUAUGUCUCUGCAACGAAUGUCGGAGGGUCUGCUUCCGCAGCUGCCGCGCGAUUUGCAACGGGUAUCGGAUACUAGUUUUAGCGUCUUGUGUUGGAGAGAUCCUUGCGGGUAUGGCCGAGAAUACAUUUUGAAGAUGGGCUGGUUAAUGUGCAAGAAAGUGUGGUGAAAGAGUAAAGCUAGGUGCUUGGCAACCUUUUGGCAAGAUACCCGAAGAGAUGUUCGGCAGCAUGUUUAACCAAUGUGCUAAGAGACAGAUAUAAAACUGGACUCAUCAUCCAACCCCCUGGGCCGCUUGACGAGUGCUCCAGGCAUACAAAGAGCACAGAUGGUCAAGGCUGUUUGUGCUGCAUUGUAUGCAAGACACGUCAUAAAUAAAGCUGCCAGCACAUUGGAAAUUUUUUUUUAAAUCUGCUUUCGACAUGGCGAGACUUGCAGGCAUUUCCUCGUUGUCACCUUCAGAAAACCUGGAAGCUUUGUGAUGUCCUUUCCAGUGCAUUUUAUUUUACGACGGGUGUUAAACACUGAGAACCAUCUUGGCAAGGUUCACCGCGAAACAUUUUAAAUUGUCCCACUGAAAAGGCCAAAAUGAAAAUGUGACGAUACAAAAUUUUAUUGUGUUAGCAAGCGCAGUGCAUCUUCUAGCAGCUCUGGUGAGUGCUCAACAGCGUCGAAGAAUUAUUUGCUCCCAGUUUGUAAAUAAAUGUGUGUUUGAUGCUAACCGA